AUGCCAAAAGUUCUCUUGAAAAUUGAAGUAUCAGGGAGCUCUCCCAUUAAGACCUAUGCAGGUGAAGAACCUUUUCAGCAAUGGGGGUUGGAUUUCAUUGGGGAGAUAUCAGACAAAUCUAGUGGAGGUCACAGGUGGAUAUUGGUAGCCACCGCUUACUUAACCAAAUGGGUAGAAGCAAUUCCUACCAAGCAGGGGACUAGCAAAGUAGUCAUCAAAUUCAUGAUGGAAAAUAUCAUUACCAGAUACAGUGUCCCUGCUAGGAUUAUUGCUGAUAAUAGAAUGUGCUUCAGAUCUAAGGAAUUCAACACCUUCUAUGAGGAGUAUGGCAUCAAAAUAUCCCAUUCAUCUCCAUAUCAUCUCCAAGGUAAUGGGCAGGUUGAGUCCACCAAUAAAAAUAUCCUCAAGAUCAUCAAAAAGAUGCUAGGACAAAAUAAAAAAGGAUGGGAUUCAAAAUCGAGUCUGGCACUUUGGUUUGAUAGAAUAACAGUCAAGAAGUCCACAGGAAAAUCUUCGUUUGAACUGGUUUAUGGAAAGAAAGCUAGACUUCCAUUGGAUAAUCUUCUGUCUGUCCACAGAUUUAUGAUACAAGAAGGAAUUGAUGUGGAAGAUCCUUUGCAGGAGAGGCUGGUUUAG